UCAAUCUCUUUGGUGCGUCGCGUGUUCGUGGAAGAUGUGAGGUCAUGUCGCGUUAUUAUAAUCACCAUACAGACAUGGAUGAAAGGUUCAUUUAUAUACCAACACAAAGUCCCACACCUUCUUCCCCUGACGAUGUUGAUGAGGAACAAUGUUUGUUUGAUGACAUGCCCUUGUUGGCAUAUGGGAAGGAGGAGGAAGUUAGAGACACAGCCUCACAGAUAGAUGCAACGACACAAGCUUCUACUUGCCACUGGCCUCCAGACAUUAAGUCUGAAGAAACAGUAGUACCAGACGUUAAGGCAGAUGAAGAGUAUUACACUUCCGGGGAGAAGAAGUUAUCAAGGCCCCCAGCCAGAGAGUUUUAUUACUUCUUGUCUCAAAAUACGGAUGAGGCUUCUCCUUCAAGCAGACGAAGAACAAACUCCUCCAAAAAGAACAGAACUCCUCGCACUGCUCUCAAAAUGAUGGAGAGACACAGAGAAAAUGAGAGAACUCGACAUCAUAACCUAAAUGACAGUCUGGGUGAAAUCUGCAAAGAUGUACCUGGAUCCUCACAUGAUGGGAGGGAAACAAAGGUGGUGAUGAUGCAGAGGAUUAUCAGCUAUGUGGCCUACCUGGAGAACACCAUCGUCCAACUGUGUUCUGAGCUGGGUAUACCCUACUCCAGUUCAAUGACAUCAUUGACGUUACAACUGCGCAAUGAAAUGGAAAGCAGAACUGUUCAGAUUGAAAAAGGGAACAAGAAGUCUUCAAGCAGGAAUGAAAGAGACUCCAUGAAAAAGACGCCCAUGAAUGACAAGCAGAGUUUUGGUCGGCGGCUGAAGCUAUCGUCUCCUACAGUAGACUCAACCAGCGACCACCAAGUACCACAACACAUUCCCAAAGCAAGGGAGAGCAAAGACUGUUCCCAGGAUUCCACAGUUCCAACCUCCUCCUUCCUGCCCUUCUUAAAUGACAAUGCCGUUGCACCCUGGUUUAUCAACACCGAGCAGGACGGGGAAGUUGUCAAUGCAUGUGAAUAUGACCCCUUCUUUAGUCAAGAAGUUGAAGCAAAUGACUGUCUGAGGUUUUCUUCAUCUUUGAUGGAGCCGAGAUCGCCCCAGCUACCUGCACGCAACUCAAAUCAUGUCGUCCCUACCUCCUUAAGUCUCCUGUCCAGCCCUGACCAGAGGGAAGGCAACAAGGAGAAUAAAACAACCUUCAAUCUAGGGGGCAACAUCAUGAACAUUGGCCAAGUUGAUUGGUAUGGAAGUGAGCGAGACGCCAGCUUCGACCCUGACCUGCCACUUUCUCAAGCCGUCUCCCCAGACAACGUUUUACAGACCAUCCAGAUUCCCUCCUCUUCCUCGGCCUUCCUCUCUCCUAUGCAGUCUUCUCUUGCGUCCAAGCUGGCCCCACUAACUCCAGGAAGUAGGAAGAACAAACGGAAACAGUACACACCCAAGCGAUCUCCAUUUAAUAAUUUAGAUAUAAACUCUGCUGAUACAGGGAAUCAGCAGUAUUUUAACAUUGAGGAUGAUGAACGUUUUCAAAUGGAACCUAUCAAUUAUGAAGUGGAAGCAACUGGAAAUGAGGAGCCUGAAGAUGUAUCCCUCCAGAGUCUCGGCCUGACUCGCAGCCAGAAGACCCAGAUAGCCCAGCUUCAAUCUCAGAGAUACAGGCCUGCUUCGUCCAACUCUUCAGAGGGAUCAAGAGAUUUGACAAAAUCAGGCAAAACUGACCUACGGAAAACUUCCUGGAUGAAUGGGUUCAUGAUGUUUAGCAGAUUGAACAGGAGAACAUUCAUCAAUGCCAACCCUGGAGUUCACACAUCCCACAUCAGCAAGAUAAUGGGACAUGCUUGGAGGAACAUGACGCCUGAGGAACAGGCUCCAUACAAGGAGAAGGCUAGACUAUGUGCCCAGGAGCUACAGAAGCAGCAGAUGCUGCCAGCUGAUUUCACCACACCACCCAGCCUGGCUGCCACACCCACCAACUUCACCACCACUGCGACCAUCUCCAGCACACAAGACAAGUGUGGCUUCUUUAACUCUGACAAUUCCUCAGGGUCCUAUGUCUCACUUCAUUUGGAUGAUUGCUAGAUCAUUGAGGAGUAGUGUCAUUCCAAACUUCUUAAAAACAGAAGACAAAUGUCAGAAAAAUUCUUGUAACACAAAUGUGUGAAUAACAUGGAUAAGCGACAAAAAAAAGGAUGGAAAAUGUGAUUUCAACAGAUAUUUUUAUGGUGGACAAGCAUUCCCCAAAUCGAAACAACUUUUAUAAUCUUAGACCUUAUUAUCAGUAUUAUUCUAAUUCAGAGGUUUAUUAUAUACGUUGACAUUUAUCUGCAUGACCCUCAAUUAACUCCAAAUAUUUGCCUGAAAAUCCAUCUGUAAAAAGAUAAAAUUAGUAUACCUGGAGGGGAAAACGUAUCAUGAAAUAUGAUAUUCAUCAAGAUAUCAUCUUUAGGAUGAAUGUGAGUGUGUCAGAGUGAUAUGGACAUCUUUCCAUCCUUGUUUAAAUCAGUUCCUGUUUAUAUACAUAAUCAUGUAUUUAUUCACAUAAAACAUGUUCACUCAAACUUUCAUAUCCCAAUAAAUGACUGAGUUUAGUUUUACGUCGCUUUAAGCAAUAUUCUAGCAAUAUCACUG